AUGAUUUUCAAUAUCCAGGCUAGAAAGUCUGUGCAUUUGUACGGUAGAUACCUAACUCAAGACCACUCUGUAGUAUAUGUUCCAGCUAAGAUCGGAUGGUUUGUAAUGGAGUUGCCAUCAUUUUUAGUACCUGUGAUAUCACUUUGUCAAUCAGGCAGCCUGGACAGUACGGGGAGCAAAUUCUUAUUGUUCAUGUUCUGUGGGCACUACUUUCACAGGACAUUUAUCUACGCAAUUAGAAUCAACGGACAUCCUACAUCUCUCCCACUCAUUUUCUUUGGAUGUCUAUUCUGUACUAUUAAUGGCUACCUUCAGGGAUACACCAUGAUCCACUGCACUCACUAUGAUGACAACUGGGUCACUGACUUCAGGUUUAUCUCAGGUGUUGUUCUAUACUUUGUGGGAUUAUCCAUUAACAUUUACAGUGACAACAUACUGCUGAGCCUAAGGAAACCUAAUGACAGGGAAUAUUAUAUUCCUAAAGGUGGACUAUUUGAAUAUAUCACAGCAGCAAAUUACUUUGGUGAAAUUGUUGAGUGGUUUGGCUAUGCCAUUGCAACUUCUACUUUGCCAGCCUUUGUUUUUGCCAUUGUCACUGCCUCUUAUUUGGGUCAUCGUGCAUACAAUCAUCACAGAUACUAUCUGGAAAAGUUUGAUGAUUACCCAAAAUCAAGGAAAGCUCUGAUUCCACUCAUAUUUUGA